AUGGCAGGGUUGGACUAUUGGAGUUAUGUCCUGGUAUCUGUCUCCAUUAUUAGUGGCACGCUUGCCACGAUUAUAUUUGUCCUUCGCUUAUGCUGUCGCCGUUUUGGGGGUGCUGGAAUUAAAAGUGAAGACUUUCUGAUGGGGAUUGGUUUACUCUUCUCCUACGGCCUAGUGGUGUGUACAUUUAUUGCUGUUUUCAAUGGAGUUGGACAUCAUAUCGGGAGUCUGCCAGAGGGCACGCGCAGACGAGUGACAUUGGUGUUUUGGCUUGGACAAAAGUUCUGGAUAAUUUCACAAGUAUUUGUCAAGGUAUCUAUCCUUGAGCUUGUGCGAAAGCUCUUUAGUACGACCCGCAGAUUGCGAAUAACUGUCACCGCUCUCCUCACUCUCACGGUGGUCUGGGGAGUAAUAGCCUUUAUUGGAGAUAUCUUCCUGUGUUGGCCUCCGCAACAUUUCUGGAUCAAAAAUAUGGAUGGCCAUUGCAUGAAUAGCCAGAGGGCAUUUUUCAUGGUCAUUGGUUCAGUUUCCCUCGUUGAAGACAUCGUGAUCCUUCUUGUUCCUCUUAUAGAAGUCUGGCAAAUGCACAUGGCACCGCGCCAGAAGGUUCAAAUUAUGUUGCUUGUUUCUCUUGGUUGUCUGGCUUGUAUUUUCAGUCUCUUGCGUGUUAUUGAGCUGCGGCACUAUGCAACUGAGAACGUAACCGCUAGCGGAGCCCUUGAAACUAUCUGGGCGCUAUUAGAGCUUCAUUGUGCCGUUGCCUGCUCCUCUCUAAUUCUGUUGACGCCCAUCUAUCGGCGCUGUCACCAAUUUUGGAAAUCGAACUGUUGUUCCCAACGCCAGGUAAAGAACACUGGUCGUUCCUCGGAUUGUGAUUAUAUAUUCGGGACAUGGCCUUAUGAUGUUAGUUUUUGGCAUGGAGGCGGCUCACAGUUACAGUCUGAGGCUUGUUAUGCCCCUGAGGCACUGUCGGCUGCGAAGGAGUUUUCUUCUGAUACACGAAAUAUUACGGUCCAAACGUCUAUCGAUCAAGUUGUCGACGAUCGCGCGGUUGCAUUUCCGUCAGAAGAGGCGUCCCCGGAGUCUGUAUGA